GGUUUUGGAAGUGGAAUGAAGAUGGAAACAAUAGGAGAGGAAAGAAGUGUUAGUCUAUCAGAGAAGCAAGAAUUGGAGGAGAAGAAGGAGAAGAAGAGUGGUGAAAAGAAAAUACCAUUUUGGAAGUUGUUCUCAUAUGCAGACUCUGUGGAUUAUGUUUUGAUGGUUGUUGGCUUGAUUGGUGCUGUUGGUAAUGGAGUUGCAGUGCCACUCAUGACAUUUAUCUUUGGAGAUGUCAUUGAUGCAUUUGGGAAGAAUUCUAAUGAUAACACUCAUGGUGUGCUUACUGAUGUUUCAAAGGUAGUUCUUCGAUUUGUUUACCUGGGACUUGGAAAUGGAGUAGCAUCCUUUCUUCAAGUUGCAUGCUGGACAAUCACCGGUGAGAGACAGGCUUGUCGAAUCAGAAACUUAUAUCUGCAAGGCCUACUAAGGCAAGAUAUUGCAUAUUUUGAUAAGGAAACAAACACAGGAGAGAUCGUCGCGAAAAUGUCUAGUGACACUCAACUCAUUCAAGAUGCAAUGGGUGAGAAGGUAGGACUGUUCAUUCAGUCAGUAUCUUCAUUCUUUGGAGGAUUUGCAGUAGCACUGAUCAGAGGAUGGGAAUUAGCAUUGGUUAUGCUGUGUACUAUCCCUCUUAUUGUAAUUUUUGCGGCGAUUAUGUCUACUGUGAUCACUAAAAUGGCAGUUCAUGGACAAGAAACUACUUCAGAAGCAGCAGCUGUGGCAGAACAAACAAUCAGCUCAAUGAGAACAGUUGCAUCUUUUACUGGAGAAGAACUGGUAGUAAAAAAGUAUAAAAGAUCUCUGAAGAGUGCUUACAAGUCAAGUGUGAUUGAAGGAUUAGCUGCAGGGAUUGGUCUUGGUGCAACAUAUGCAGUUAUUUACUUUGGCUAUGCUUUGGGAAUAUGGUUUGGAUCCAAGAUGGUAUUGAGGAAAGGAUACACAGGAGGGGAUGUAAUCAAUGUGAUAUUUGCGAUUGCUCUAGGAUCGAUGUCUUUAGGCCAGGCAUCUCCAUGCACUACUGCAUUUGCAGCAGGACAAGCAGCUGCAUUCAAGAUGUUUGAUACGAUGACUAGACAACCAGAAAUAGAUGCAUACAGCAGUGAUGGUAGAACUCUGGAUGAUAUUCGAGGAGAUAUCGAACUGAGAGAUGUAUGUUUCUGCUAUCCAGCGAGACCAGAUGAGCAAAUAUUAAUUAGAUUGUCGAUUUCAGUUGCAAGUGGAACCACAGUGGCUCUGGUUGGAGAGAGUGGGUGUGGUAAAUCAACAGUGAUAAGCUUGAUUGAGAGAUUUUAUGAUCCACAAUCUGGUGAAGUUCUUAUUGAUAGAAUAAACCUCAAAGAAUUCAAGUUGAGGUGGAUACGGAGCAAGAUAUCACUUGUCAGCCAGGAACCGGUACUGAUUGCUUCUACUAUCAGAGAUAAUAUAACAUAUGGCAAGGAUGAUGCAACCAUUGAAGAAGUUACAGUGGCAGCUGAGUUAGCCAAUGCUUUGGAGUUCAUCAGCAAACUACCUCAGGGACUUGAUACCAUGGUUGGUGAUAAUGGAAUUCAAUUGUCUGGUGGACAAAAACAAAGAGUGGCAAUUGCUAGAGCAAUUCUUAAAGAUCCUCGAAUACUACUGCUUGAUGAAGCUACAAGUGCACUUGAUGUUAAAUCUGAGCAAAUGGUGCAGGAGGCACUUGAGAGGAUGAUGGCUAACCGAACGACAAUUUUAGUUUCUCAUCGAUUAACUACAGUGAGGAAUGCUGACAUGAUAGCAGUGAUGCAUAGAGGAUCCAUUGUCGAAAAAGGUUCACACUCUGAACUUCUUGAGAAUAAAAAUGGAGCAUAUUCCAGACUAGUAAAUUUGCAGGAAGUAAACCAAGCUUCUGAACAAAAUUUGCCAACAGACAUAGAUGAUGUGUCUAUGGCUGAUGAGGACCGACCUCGGCAGGUAAUUAGAAACCGAUCAUCAUUCAGUGAAUUGGUUUCGUUCUCUGAAUCUUUCAUAUCAUCUAGUGGUGAUAAGAAACCAGAGAACUCCAAGUCUGAUGCAACAUCAAACCAAUACCAAGAAGUACCUCUGCACCGUCUUGCAAGGAUAAACAAAAGAGAGAUUCCAGUUAUGGUGAUAGGUGCAGCAGCAGCCAUAGUCAGUGGUUUGAUACUUCCUGUAUUUGGAACAAUAUUGGCUAGCAUAAUUCGCACAUUCUAUGAGCCACCAAGAAAGCUUAAGCAUGAUUCAGUGUUCUGGUCAUUGAUGCUUGUAGUCCUUGGAUCAAUAAGUGUAGUUUCAAUCCCAGUUAGAUCUUACUUCUUUGGGGUGGCUGGUUCUAAGCUAAUAAAAAAUAUUAGAUUGAUGUGUUUCCAUAAGAUUGUACAUAUGGAGAUUAGCUGGUUUGAUAAUCCAAAAAACUCAGCUGGAGUGAUUGCAUCAAGGCUUUCUGCUGAUGCUGCUGCAGUUCGAGGUCUUGUCGGUGAUGCACUUGCUCUGAUUAUGCAAAAUGCUGCAACAUUCAUCUCUGGCCUGGCAAUUUCUUUUGUAUCAUGCUGGCAACUUUCUCUGGUCACUUUGGCUAUGAUACCUUUGAUGGGUCUGAAUGGAUGGGUCCAAAUGAAGCUCUUGAAGGGAUACAACACCAAUGUGAAGGCAAUGCAUGAGGAAGCUAGCCGGGUUGCAAGCGAUGCAGUUCGGAGCAUAAGAACAGUUGCAUCUUUCUCUGCUGAGGAGAAGGUGAUGAAACUAUACAAGAAGAAAUGUGAAGGUCCAACAAAUGCAGGCAUUAAGCAAGGGUUGAUCACUGGAGUUGGCCUUGGGUUUUCCUUCAUUUUGCUAUUUGCUAGCUAUGCAGUCAGCUUCUAUGUCGGUGCCCGGCUUGUCGCAGAUGGGAAGAAUACAUCCACCGAUAUUUUCCGUGUUUUCUUCGCAAUAAGUUUUGCAGCAAUAGGAAUAUCACAGUCAAGUUCACUGCUACCGGAUUCUGCAAAAGCCAAGUCUGCUGCCGCAUCGGUGUUUGCCAUUCUUGAUCAUAGCUCAAAGAUUGAUUCCAGCAGUAACACUGGAAUGACAUUAGAACUAGUUGAAGGAAACAUCAUUUUUCAGCAUGUCGGAUUUAGAUAUCCCACAAGACCUGAUAUUCUGGUUUUCCAAGACCUCUGCUUGACUGUAGAAUCAGGAGAGACUGUUGCAUUGGUUGGAGAAAGUGGAAGUGGGAAAUCAACAGUAAUAUCAUUGCUGCAAAGGUUUUAUGAUCCUGAUUCAGGUCAAAUUAUGUUGGAUGGCAUUGGAAUUCAUGAACUUCAGCUGAAGUGGCUGAGGCAGCAGAUGAGUUUGGUGAGCCAGGAACCAGUCUUGUUCAAUGAUACGAUUCGAGCUAAUAUCGCUUAUGGUAAAGAAGAGGCCACUGAGGCAGAGAUAUUGGCUGCUGCAAUAUUAGCAAAUGCCGAUCAGUUUAUAAGUGGAUUGCAGCAGGGUUAUGAUACUAUAGUCGGAGAGCGAGGAGUUCAAUUAUCUGGUGGUCAAAAACAACGAAUAGCCAUUGCUCGUGCCAUAAUAAGAGAGCCAAAAAUUUUGCUACUUGAUGAAGCUACAAGUGCACUAGACGCGCAAGCGGAACAAACUGUUCAAGAUGCAUUGGACCGAGUGAUGAUGAACAGAACAUUGAUCAUUGUUGCUCAUCGAUUAUCCACAAUCAGAGGUGCAGAUUCAAUAGCAGUUAUAAAAGGUGGAUCGAUCAUAGAGACGGGAACACAUGAUGCUUUGAUGAACAUCACUGGUGAUUGUUAUGCCUCUCUUGUUUCACUUCACUGACUUCAGAAACUUUGUGAAAUUAAUAUGACAUUGAGUGCAUUGAUUAUGUUCAAGUAAAUAGUGUGGAAUAUUAUUGUAUCAUUCAACAAAGCACUAGCCAAGUUGGAAAAUAAUGGAGGGCAGGAAAGUGAGAUGUGAUACAAGUGAAGCACAGCUCCAUAAGCAGUAAAAGGACAGGCACACCCAUUCUUGUUCUUGAUUCCUUUCUUGAUCCUCUUUAAUUGUAUUCCCUGCCGCUUACUAAGUAUCAGAAAAUCCCUACCAAACCAAAAAAGUCCAUGGCACUGACAUUGCAAUGGAAUACAAGGGAGCAAGUGAAAACAAAUUGUGGGCUCUUUAAAACCCCACUAAUGAGAGCAUUAUGGAGUUCACUGAUUGUUCAUGGAGUAUCUAUGCCAAAUGGAAACUUUCAUUCAAAGAUCACUUAUCUUCUAACUCAUAAGUGGCAAACUGUAAAUUGAUUGACAUGACCUCACUAGUAUUUAUUGCCACACCAAUGUGCUAGAAUAUUUUACUGAAUCUCCUUGCUGUCACUUGCAUAAUGUAUAUCACCAGUAG